UGUAGGUCUUGAAUCGAAAUACUAAAAGUACAAGUUAUCAAAUGUCCGAAUUUCCUUGUUUGCGUCACAUGAUGAUCAACUUCAAAAUAGAACAUUUACAAUAGAGUAGACGAUGUCUUCAGAAAAGUUUGAGUCUUUGGAUGACGACUUUACGUCGAUUUUGGACAGUUUAAGAGAAAGAAUAGAGAGAAAAAUUCCAAAUUAUACUGGUGAGGAAAGAAAAACAGCUGUUCGACAUGCAGAAAGAAAUAUGGAAGAAGCGAACAUUAUACUCCAAGAAAUGGAAGAAGAGGCCAAAGUAGCACCUAUGUCAUAUAGAACACAAAUGUUAAGUCAAUUGCGUAACUAUCGCAGAGAUAUUGAUCAGCUAAGCAGAGCUCUGAAAAGAGGGACUGCUUCAGGUUUUGGUGGAUCUGAAUCCUAUGGAUUUGAAAGAAAUGACAGAGUUGAAGCCUCACAGAGAGCUAGACUGAUGGAGGGCACACAGAUAUUGAACCGAACAACGGAUAGCAUAGCACGGUCCCACCAGAUCUCAGCCGAAACGGACCAGAUAGGAGUAGAAACAAUCGAUGAACUCGGGCGACAGAGAGAAGUUCUAGAAAGGACCAGAGAUAGGCUGGUUGAUACUGACACAAACCUCAGUCGAAGUCGGAAGAUCCUGAAAACAAUGGCCAUGAGGGUGAUGACCAACAAGAUGAUUCUGAUUGUAGUGAUCCUUAUAGAACUUGCUAUUCUUGGAAUAGUGAUAUGGUGGAAGUUUUUCAAAUAACACUAACUUGGAGGAAAUGUUAAUAGAGAGGGGCACAGGCAAUUUCUCCACAUUGAAGGAUGUGGAAAUCUCACAAGAUUCCUUGAGAUGAAGAUUAUCAUAUCACCUUAUAGUAUAUACAUGUGCAUGUAUUAUUAUAUAGUGUUUUGGAAUACAGUGUAUCAUGGAGAGAGAGAGAGAGAGAGAGAGAGAGAGAUUUUACAUCAAAUAACUUAUAGUUGUUUUAUUUAAUAAAAUCUUAUAUUUAUAAUAAACAGUGUGGAACAAAUUUACUUAUUUGUAUAUUUAGACAAGUAAUACCGGUACAUGCUUGAAGUUAUUCAUUGAAUUGUAUGUUAUCCAACACAUACCAAUAUAUUUAGAAUUUUAGAUGCUUAAUUGCAAUAUGGUUGAAGGAUGAACCAGAUUAGAUAAAGGGAAAAUAAAAUAAGCACAAAUAUUUUACACAUGCAGAGAUAUACUUUGACUGAUCAUUGUCUUGAUUUUGCUUUUACCUUAACCUCUGACCUAGAAACUUGGUUCAAGGUCACUGUCCACCUUUUCUCCACAAGCACUCUGGAUGAUAUAUAAAAGGGAGAAUUUUCUUACCUAAACCUUCAAGUUUAAGCUUUAAUCUACUAAGUUCAAAAGGCAUAACUGUGUAAAAAAUAAUCUAACAAUUCUAAAUAGUUCUAAUAUGACCUGUUUUUUCUGGUAAAAUAUUUGUGUGUGCAAUUUCAACUUUAUAAAUAAAUCCUUUAAAAAGUUAAAGAGCGAAACUGAAAAAGUGCCAAAUUCAUGUCUAGUCCGUAUCUUUCUUAUAGAGAAUCAUCGGAAGUUCCUAUAAUAAUAAUACACAAAGAUUGCUUAUGAAAUGAGGGUGUGUCAUGAUUUCAAUCCAAGGUCAUUUGGGCCAGUUCAGGGUCAAUAAAAGAAAAGUUCGUAAUUUGUGUCUCCUCUUUACCUUUCUUAUGGAGAAAUAUUAAGGUGGUAUGGAACACCUCCAUGUUGUGAUGUAUUAUUUGUCAUAAUAAAAUAUCCCCUCACUAAGGCUCAAGAAAAAAACACUUUAAUUGUUGGAUGAAAAUCAUAUCCAACUACAAAUCAUGAGAUCCUAUAUAUUGCAGUUCUUCACAUCUUAUGCCGGGCAUUUAUUUUUCAUCAUUGUUAAUAUAAAGAGGAUGGAAUUCAAAGUUUUGUUCACUUCUCUAUAUUAAUUGUCAUAGCGGGGCCCUUCCUGACUGGUCAGUUUUCUAGUUAUCGACAGAUAAUGCCACCUUAAUAGUUUAAUCUAUCUCACAUAAAGAUUGCUUAUGACAUUUUCUGCUUUUUCUUAAGAAUCUCAAUUUAUUUUGACCAAUCCCCCAAAAAACUGUUUUUAUUAACAAAAAAUUUAAGUUGCAGAUAUUUAUCCAUUCUCACAAUGUCUGGGGUCCUGAGUCCACUUGUGGCUGUGGGACGACGGCUAUGAGUGGACUCGGGACCACUUACAUUGUGAUAAUGUGGAGGAUAAUAGAUGGAUCAUAGAAUAAGCCAAGAUUUACAGUAAAAUUCAUGACUAAGCCAGGAUGAGGACCUGAUCAUUUAUUACAUACUCUGUAAAACAAGGAAUGUAUGUGUCAGAGCUUUGAACAAUUUUAUUUUUAAAUUGGAAUGAAUACAACCAAAUUAUAUUUUGAAAAUUUCUUACAAAUUAAAACAUUGCACUUCAUUAUCACAGGAAAAUAAAACCUUAUUAACUGACCAAUACUGGCUCACAAGGGGAAAAGGUAACACACAAAAAUUUACUAGGUAUGUUGGUUGACAUGUCUAGUCUGAUCAUAUCAAGACAAUUUAUUUAUUAAGGAUAAUGCAACACUUCAUUUUCUGAUUACAUCAAAU